UGUAUUCUUCAUUUAUGCAUUCCAAGUAGGUCGAGUUCGACGUCAUAAAAGGACCCAAAGGACUGCAGGCGUCGCGUGUCACCGGCCCAAACGGUGCGCCAGUGCGCGGCGAUCCGUACUCGCGGCUACGCACCCGCACUAGCCCUCCGUCACAGGUGCCGAUGCCACGCAGCACAGCAUCGGCGGCUUCGAAUCUAUAUCCAUACUACCCAAUAAACUACCCGCAGGUCGUUGGAUUCAGUAGCCAGUCCGCACCGCAACAAAACUUUGGUCCGUUCCCGUUCCAAGCUACACCACAGCCGAACAACGGGUUUGUGAUGCCGGCUCCUAAUGCGACAAUGGGUGGGUCGCGCACCGUAAUCGGUGGAUCGCAGGUGCCGCCGGUGUUCUUUACCGGCACACCACACGUGCAGCAAGCGCUGUCGUCAGGGUACGACCCGUUCAACCGCCAGGUGCUGGGACACACGUACGAGGGCCCCGGAUACACCCAGCAGAUCAGCUCACAAGCGACACAGCAGACGUUCCAGCAGCCAGCCGGAUUCCCGCAGGUGAGCCGCCAGGACUCGGGCACGUCGCAAAUGAGCUCAAAGUUUGCAAAGUUCCCCGAAUGACAGCCGGCCCACCAGGCACCGCUUCUCCUCAGUUUACCUUUCCCUUAGCUUGUAUG